AUGGCAUCGGCAUCGGCAACAUCAUCAGAAAGAGUGGUCGACUCGGCCAAGGUGUGGACAACACUCAUCACAAACACCGACUACCUCUCGGGCUUGUUGACGCUCGACUACUCGCUGAAGGCCGCUGGCAGCAAGUACCCGCUUGUCGCUCUUUACACCGACACCUUCCCAGCCGAGGGCCAUGCCGCUCUCAAGUCUCGCGGGAUUCCCUCCAAGCGCAUCCCCUACCUGCUGCCCACCAUGUCCAAGGACUACAGCAACGACCCCCGCUUCUACGACUGCUGGAGCAAGCUCGCGCCCUUCGGCCUCACCGAGUACGAGCGUGUCGUCCAACUCGACAGCGACAUGCUCGUCCUGAAGAACAUGGACGAGCUGAUGGACAUUCCUCUCGACGGCCCCGAGCUUGCUGGCCGUGGUGACCGCGUCUUUGCUGCCAGUCACGCUUGUGUCUGCAACCCUCUGAAGAAGCCACACUACCCCAAGGACUGGGUCCCUGCAAAUUGCGCUUUCACCACUCAACACGACAAUCCCGACGAGGCUCAGAAGACUGGCGCCUCUCCUCUCGCCGGCCUCGCUAUGCCCAACGGAGGUCUUCAGGUUGUCAUCCCAGGCAAAGAAGUCUACGAUCUCAUCCAAGACGGUCUCCAGUCCUCCGUCACCGCAUCUUACGAGUUCGCCGAUCAGUCCAUGCUCAGCGACCUCUUCCCCGGCCGAUGGGUCGCUCUGCCAUACAUCUACAAUGCUCUCAAGACUCUGCGCUGGAAGGGUGUACACGAUGCUAUCUGGAGAGACGACCAAGUAAAGAAUGCCCACAUCUUGCUCAGCCCCAAGCCCUGGGACGAGAAGGGCGAUGACAAGGGCAAGAACGACGAAACGCACAAGUGGUGGUGGAACUACAACGAUCGCCGCCAGGCAGACGAGAAGAGCAGAAACAUUGAUGAUGGUUUCUGA